CACUGUAUGCUGUGAGGCCAUAACAAUGAAGCUGAUUUAUUGUUGUCUCUUGGCAGCUGCUCUCUACAGCUACCUGGCUGCUGCGCAAUCCGGCAAACCGCAGUAUCCUCAGAUACCUUCAUAUCCUCCUCGCCAACCACCUCCCCAAACACCUCCUCAGAAACCUGCCAAUCCUCCACCCCAACCACCUCCCCAAACACCUCCUCAGGUCCCUAAGUACCCCCAGAAACCCGCUUAUCCUCCACCCCCACCACCUCCUCUAACACCUCCUCUGGUCCCUCAGUACCCCCAGAAACCCGCUUAUCCUCCACCCCAACCACCUCCCCAACCACCUCCCCUAACACCUCCUCUGGUCCCUCAGUACCCCCAGAAACCCGCUUAUCCUCCACCCCCACCACCUCCCCAAACACCUCCUCAGGUCCCUCACUACCCUUCGAAACCUGCCAAUCCUCCACCCCCACCACCUCCCCAAACACCUCCUCACGUCCCUCAGUACCCCCAGAAACCUGCAAAUCCUCCACCCCCACCACCUGCAAAUCCUCCACCCCAAGAACCUCCUCAUCCACAAUUCCCUCCGCCGCCACAGGUACCUCAACCAGAUUCAUUUCACAUUUGUGAAGUAGCCGAGAACUACAAAAUACAAUGUGGUCCUCCUUCCACCACUGCCCAUGAUUGCGAAGUUUUAAACUGCUGCUAUGAUGGACGCAUGUGCUACUAUGGCAAAUAUGUGACUCUUCAGUGCACCAAGGAUGGCGAGUUCAUCGUGGUUGUGGCCAGAGAUUCCACCCUACCCAAUAUUGAUUUAGAAUCCAUUAAUUUCCUUGGAACUGGUGAUCAUUGCCAUCCUGUUGGUACCACUUCAGCUUUUGCAAUCUACCAGUUCCCUGUAACUGACUGCGGCACUGUCAUGACGGAGGAGCCUGGUGUUAUAAUUUAUCAGAACAAGAUGACAUCUCUGUUCGAAGUGGCAGUUGGACCUCAUGGAUCCAUUACCAGGGACAGCCUGUUUGAGGUGCAAGUCCAGUGCAAAUAUGUUGGUACUGCUGUUCAGGCUUUGGUCAUUGAUGUUGGCCUACUUCCGCCACCACUACCAGUUGCAGCUCUUGGACCUCUGCGUGUCGAACUCAGGAUUGGCAAUGGACAAUGUGUUACCAAGGGUUGUGUUGAAGAUCAAGUGGCAUACACUUCCUAUUACACUGAUGCCGACUACCCUAUUACAAAGAUUCUCAGGGACCCAGUGUAUGUUGAGGUCCACAUGUUGGACAGGACUGAUGCUAACAUUGCCUUGACUCUUGGAAGAUGCUGGGCAAAUACCAACCCCAUUGCUGAUUAUCUUCCACAGUGGGAUUUACUUAUUCAUGGCUGCCCCAACCGUGAUGAUCGCUAUCUAACAAGACUCAUCCCUGUGGAUGCUUCAUCUGGAGUCUACUACCCAAGCUACUACAAACGAUUUGAAUUCCAGAUGUUCACAUUUGUCAGCGGGGGUGCAUCUGAUUAUACCAAGAAGACACCUUCAGAUCAACCAUUUACUCCUCUCAGUGAACAUGUGUUUGUACACUGCGAGGUUUCUAUAUGCCAGAUYACUGCAACAGAUAACUGUGAACCAAGGUGCUUCAGAAAAAGGAGAGAGAUUUCUGGUUCUACCAAGAAACUCUACAGAGACGAGACCACUUUGAUCAGCAGUAAGGAACUUAUCAUCACUCAACCUAUUUCUGAGUAA